AUGCGGUCUUCAAUCCUUCUGAGCGCCAUCUGCGCAGCUACUGCCAUGGGUAACCCUCUCGAUAAACGUGUUUAUGAAACCGACUGGAGUGUCGUCACUGUGACCGAAACUGUCACGGAUUUUCCCCCUGCGACGACUUCUACUUCCACUUCAUCUACUCCUACAUACGCGCCAGUCCAGGCUAUUGAAACUUCUCAAUCUGUGUCCAGUGCUGACACUGUAGUGCAAACUUCAGCUUCGCCCGCUCCCGCCCCCGCUGUGUACACCACGAUUGUCGCCCCUGCGCCUGCCGAACCCACGUCGACGACCACCGAGGCCCCCGCCGCCGCGGCCACCAUUGGAGGUGGCGAGGCCGUCACCUUUUCCACUGCCUGGACCUGGACUGGAGAUGCUGCCGCUCCCACGACCUUGGCCACUUCCACCUCGAGUGCUUCCGGUUCUUCGCCCACUAACGCUUACCAGUCGGCGAUCCUGUACAACCACAACGUCCACCGUAGCAACCACUCGGCCAGCUCGUUGGAAUGGUCGGCCUCGCUCGAGUCCAGCGCCCGCACUCUCGCCAACAAGUGUGUCUACCAGCACGACACGAGCAUUGACGGUGGUGGCUACGGCCAGAACAUCGGAUAUGGUGUCGAGGCCGAUAACAUUGGCCAGAUGAUCUCCAACCUGAUGUACAACGAUGAGAUGGGCUACUUCGCCAACUUGUACGGCCAGGCCAACCCUGACAUGAGCCUGUUCGACAGCUGGGGUCACUUCACCCAGAUUGUCUGGAAGGCUUCCACUGCUGUCGGCUGCGCAACCGUCACUUGCCAGAGCCUUGGCAACGUUGACUCCAGCCAGCCAUUGCCAUUCACCGUCUGCAACUACAACCCAGCAGGAAACUACGACGGUGAAUACAACACCAACGUCCUUCAGCCCUUAGGACAGGCUAUGUACUCUGCCUAA